AUGAGGCAACGCAGCUCGUCCAGCUCCAAAGCACGUUCCCUUUUACGUGCUCCAUCUCGGUCUCUCGCACCGGGGAACUCACCACGAAAACGCAGAGGGUCCUCCAAUGUUCCGGACGUUUACACCGAACCAGAUCCCCUUAUGAUUACUUCAACCUCAAACUACCCGCCAUCAACUUUGAGGCCUACUGCAUCAUCAUCUGAUCUCCCCCAAAUAACAUCGACGGUUGAGAAUUCCAAUUGGAUUUCGCAGCGCUGCGUAAUUCUGGGUACAAAUGAUAAACCUCAAGACUUCGUAGCCACGGGUACGGUCUCAUACUUUCCUGAGAAGGAGUCAGUUCCAGAGCUGGAGGAUAUCAACGAUCCGAAUCAAAACCUUGAUCGCUUUGACAGUUCUAAGACGGGGUCCAGUCUUCAUUCAGUUCAAACCGAUCAACAAAGCCCCUCUAAAUCUCGAAGCGUUGAAGAUGAUAAUUCAAAAUUCACGAUUAUGAAAGCUAAAUGUGUAGAAUUUAUAUCCACCACAGCUAGACGUGUUCAAAUCAAAGACACCUUUGCAUCAUCUGAACAUAUUUUCCCUAGACAGAAUCAAUCUACAACAGAAGUGGGAUGUAAAAAUAUCGAGUUAAAUUCUUCUAGAGGCUCGAAAUCUGAAAACAAACAAUCAUGGACUAAGAUGCUUAAGAAGAGGACUCAUAACUUGGUAGGCAAAAAUGACGUCUCUAAAAAUGAACAUGAAUCUAUAGAUGAAGAGUGUACAAGAAACAACCAGAAAAUACUCAAAAGAUCAAAAAGAAUCGAAACUCCCUGUGAACCCGAAGAAAUUCAGGAUCCUCUUGCUCAAUUUAAGAUUGCUGUAAUGCAGUUUGGAAUUGAAAAUACUAGACCUAAAUUAAUUAGUUUAGAAGAAGCUCAAAGAAACGAUGAACGUCGAAAAGAAGAAUUUUCAAAAUCUCGUUGUAGCACUUCCAGAGCUUUAACACGUCCGGAAGAUAUGGAUCACAGUCUGCAUCAAAAAUCAGUAUCAUUGAACAAAAGCGAGAGCGAAAUUCUACCAACGGAUGAUGAUUUUGAUCAUCAAAAGACUGGAGCACUAAAGUCUUGUAAUGAACUCAUUGCUCCUAGUGAGGCUCAACAUCACCGCGACCAAGAAUCUCAAGGUGAACCAAAGGACGCGGGCGUCCGACUCCCAACAGUCACGAAACGGCAUGCCUCAGGCUCCGUUAUCACUGAGAUCCAAACACUCAAAAGACGACGCUCAAAUAUUCAAGCACACGCACACGUCCAAGAGAUCCCGUAUCGCAGAAAACACACCUACUUUGAAAUUUGA